AUGGCACCAAAUUUUCUAAAAAACUACCGGGUAUACGUACUCACCUCUGUUGCAUACCUGGGUUCCUUGCUUUUCGGCUAUGAUACUGGUGUUAUGGGCUCAGUGCUGGCCCUUGACAGCUUCAAAAAUGAUUUCGGCCUCCCCCUGGGCAAUACUGGGUUUGACUCCGCGGCCAAUUCGAAAAUCUCCUCGAAUGUAGUCAGUUUAUUGACAGCCGGUUGCUUCUUUGGGUCUAUAUUUGCAGCCUUCAUCAACGAACGCAUCGGCCGCCGAUACUCUCUCAUGUUAUUUUGCAUGAUCUUCCUGGUCGGAGCAGCCGUUCAAGUCGGUGCUCACCACUCAAUUGGGCAGAUCUAUGGAGGUCGCGUCAUUGCUGGUCUCGGUAUUGGAGGCAUGUCGAGUAUCACACCAGUUUUUGUCAGUGAAAACUGCCCUCCAGCACAGAGAGGGCGGAUCGCUGGUCUUUUCCAAGAGUUCUUGGUCAUUGGAAGCACCUUCGCGUACUGGCUAGACUAUGGUGUGGCCCUUCACAUCAAGUCAGGUACUAGCCAAUGGCGUAUUCCAGUGGCCAUUCAACUGGUACCUGGUGGACUAAUGAUCAUUGGUCUCUUCUUCCUUAAAGAAUCUCCUCGUUGGCUGAUGAAACAAGGCCGCAGUGAUGAUGCUCUUAAAUCCCUAGCGUACAUUCGUAACGAGAGCGAGGAUAGCGAAGAAGUACAAAGGGAGCUUGCCGAGAUAUAUGCCGCCACCGAGGAGGAAAUUGCCCUCGUAGAGGGUGUGACAUGGAAAGAGUGCUUCACAAAGAGCAAUCGUUACCGUUUCUUCCUGGCAAUUGUCAUCAUGAUCUCACAGCAGCUAUCUGGGACAAAUGCGAUUGGAUAUUACGCGCCUCAGAUCUUUGAGUCGAUUGGUGUAAGCUCCACAAACUCCUCUUUGUUUGCGACUGGAAUCUACGGUACUGUUAAGGUUGUUGCUACGGCGAUCUUCUUGAUCAUCGGAAUUGACCGUUGGGGCCGCAAGAAGAGUUUGAUCGGCGGUUCCAUGUGGAUGGCGAGUAUGAUGUUUAUAUUGGGUGCUGUCUUGGCCACUCACCCUCCCGAUGCGGAUUCCACUACAGUCUCGCAAGCAUCCACUGCCAUGGUUGCAAUGAUCUAUCUUUAUGUCAUCGGUUAUUCUGCCUCCUGGGGGCCAACACCGUGGGUGUAUCUUGGUGAGAUCUUUCCAACCCGGCUCCGUUCUUACGGUGUUGGUCUCGGAGCAGCCACACAAUGGCUCUUCAACUUCAUCAUCACUGAAGUCACUCCUCGCGCCGUCAAUCAGAUUGGCUGGAGAACCUUUCUCAUGUUUGGCAUUUUCUGCACAGCUAUGGGAGUAUUUGUCAUCGUUUUCGUCAAGGAGACCAAGGGGAGAAGUUUGGAAGAUAUGGACCUGAUUUUUGGUGCUGUUGAUGAAGAGCUGCGUCAGGCGGAUGUGGAGAAUACUUUGAACAAGAACGAGGCCACACGAGAGCAUGUAGAAGUUGUUAGUCAUAAAUGA